AUGUCCACCGACGCUCCUCCCCCAUUCCGGGAGCGAAUGCUGGGGUUGCUCGAGCCAAGCCAACUGAUGGCUAUGGCCAUAUCUCAUUAUUUGCGCGUCUGCGUUGAAUCUGUGAAGCGAGGCGAGCUUCUGGCACCCAUUACUCAGACUGCCAGAAUCCGCGACGAAGCUUUUGCUCGUUUCUGGAUUGCAUUUUCAACCGCGCGAGCCGCACAACCUGCUGCAAAUGAAACAUCCGCCGACACCAAGCCAGAAGAAGCCAAGCUCGUCGGCUCUGCGGCCCUCAUCCCCCCGCUCCUCAAGACAGCCUCGGGCAUUGUACUCGACAUUGGCCCCGGAACAGGCAGUCAAAUGCACCUUCUUCACUCUCCAGCAAUCACCGCCAUCUACGGUGCAGAGCCAUGCGUCGGCUUACACGCGGAGCUCCGCGCAAAAGCACAGGCCGAGGGUCUCGGUGACAAGUAUCACAUUCUCAGCUGUGGCGCCGCCUCAUCGGAACUCAUUCCUGCUCUUGAAGGCACUGGAAGCGGUGUUGUGGAUGCCCACCGGACAAACGGAAGUGGCAUCUUUGACACUAUUCUCUGUGUGCGAGUCCUUUGUUCGGUGCCGCAGAUGGAGCAAACGACUCGGGAAUUGUAUGCAUUGCUGAAGCCUGGUGGGAGGUUGUUGGUGACUGAGCAUGUGGUGAAUCCAUGGCGCACUGCCAAGGGAUCGCUUCUGGCGCGGAUGGCCCAGGCAAUCUAUAUGAUGCUUGGGUGGAGGUACUUUAUUGGAGACUGUUGUAUGAAUCGAGAUACCGAGAGAGCAUUGAGACAGGCCGCGGAUGAAGAUGGCGGCUGGGAGAGUGUGCAGCUCGAGAGGUCAUUCGGGUGGUCGGCCUUGCCGUAUAUCUCGGGAGAGUUGAUCAAGAAGACUCAGUAA